CUCCUGUCCGUAGUGGGCCGGGCAGCCAUUUUGGGAAGAGCUUUGUUAUGGUUGUGGGCUCGGCACCUCUGCCGGUCGGAGAAGGUCGGGACGCCACGGCUUGUCCUCGACCGUCGCGCCGCCGCUGCUGAUUUUUCAUUUACAGAUUCAAGUGACCUUUUUAAUGAUUGAGAUGGACCCAAAUUAGAAAGUGAUUUGUCCAAUUAAGCAAUAGAAGAUUCUUCAUAUCACCUCUGGAAGAUCAGUUCAGAUUUAGGGAAGGAAGAAAACAAGUGAAAUACAGAACACUAAUGAGAAGAAAACCUCUUUUUGGGAUUCUCUUUCUCCUUGACCCCAAUCUUUUCUACUUAUAAUUUUGCUUUGAGUUUAUAAAUAGUGAAGACCAAAGAAUGAAUACAUAUAUAUGAGCUUUUAUACUAAGAAAUUUGCCUUGAAAACUGCUAGAUUUCUUAUGUCUUUAGAUUUUUAAGGUUAAAACAAAUAUAAACAUAUAUCCACACACUGUUUUAAGCAGUUGUAUAAGAUAAUGAGAUUUUUGUUCUAAAGGCUUUUGUUGUGAAUGUUUUGCCACAAAAGAUCUUUUAUAGUGCUUUACUAUUCUACUUUUGAUCUUAUCACCUUGAUGACAUUUCUUGUCCACACCUGAAACCAUCUGUCUUCUAGCUAUGACCUUGUUAUGAACAGUAUUUGCACUCAUUGUGCAAAUGUCCAUGUAUUACUUAUUUAAGCAAGAUCAUAGUGCCAUUACUCAAGGAAGUUGAAUGAGGUGAACAUAGACAUAACUUUUUCCCCUUUCCCCCCCCUUUUUUAAAUGUAACAAAUAACUUUUUAUGUUCCCCUUCCCCCUUCCCCUUUCCCCUUCCCCCCCUUUGGAAAGGUGUCAGAAACUAGGUAGUUCAGGAUGAGCAAUUGAGGAUUAAGAGAGUGAGCCACACAGAGCUGGGCUUCUUUGUGCUUCAUCAAAAGGCGUGCUGCUGGCCAGGCUACUUAAGCACCCUUUCACCAGAAAAUCUCAUAGAAGAUCCAGCUGGCAGACUCGGGGAACAGGACCACAGAGGUGACACUCUGGGGAUCCUGGCCAUGAGGUUUGAUGCCUCAUCUUGUUGAAAAGACACUGGACCUAAAUGGCGCAGCAUGACUUUGUUCCUGCUUGGCUAAAUUUCUCAACGCCACAGUCAGCUAAGUCAUCUACAGCCACUUUUGAAAAACACGGAGAGAACCUAUCCCGUGGAGAAGUUAGAUUUGGAAUAAGCCGUCGUAGACAUAAUUCCUCUGAUGGCUUUUUUAACAAUGGACCUCUACGGACUACAGGAGAUUCCUGGCACCAAUCCACCCUAUUUCACCAUGACUCUGUGGACUCUGGUGUCUCCAAGGGAACAUAUGCUGGAAUCACAGGGAACCUAUCUGGUUGGCAUGGUUCUUCCCGGGGUCAUGAUGGUGUGAGCCAACGUAGUGGAGCAUCAGGGAACCAUCGACACUGGAAUGGCAGCUUCCACUCCCGGAAAGGUUGUGCCUUUCAAGAAAAGCCACCUACAGAGAUUAGAGAAGAGAAAAAAGAAGAUAAAGUGGAAAAGUUACAGUUUGAAGAGGAAGAUUUUCCUUCUUUAAAUCCAGAAGCUGGCAAACAGAAUCAGCCAUGCAGACCUAUUGGGACCCCUUCUGGACUUGGACUCAUCCAUUUUCCACCCAACGCAUGGAAAGCUAACAGAAUGGAACACAAAUCAGGAUCCCUUUCCUCUAGCCGGGAGUCCAAUCCAGUUUCUGUUACCAAGCCAGUGGUACUAGCUACUGGCACAGUUCUAAGUUCUCCGAAAGAGGUGAGUGAGGAAUUAUCAAAAGGUGCCGUCUUUCCCCCCAAGACAGGGUAUUAUGUAGCCCAGGCUGGCCAUAAAGAUGACCUUGAGUUUCUGAUCCUCAUCCUUCCACCUCUCAAGUAUUGGGAUUACUGGCAUGCAGCACUACAUUCAGCUUUGUGUGUUGUUGGGCAUGGAACCCAGGGCUUUGCUGUUGGCAAGCACUGUACCUUCUACAAUGUUACCUUUCAUACAGUGUUUAGAAAGGGCUCACAGGCUGCUUUGGAGAGUGAUCAAUCUUCAUCCACACACUCCACAUCACUUCUCUGCCUGUCCAGAGCAGGAUUCACAGCAGCCAGAGUAAGGGAAAGGUGGGAGGAGUCAUGUGGCCUGCCCUAUGGACGGCCCAAAUUACCCCGCCGAACCACUGACAGGAAGAGUGAAUUCCUGAAGACUCUGAAGGAUGACCACAACGGAGACCUGUCUGAGAACAGAGACUCUGACAAACUGGAGGAUGUAAGAGUAUAUGGGAAAAUUUUAUAUUGGGCUGUACAGUUAAGCUUGCUAAUGUAUUUUCUCUGUCCUUUUGCCUCCCCCAGGUUAUUGAAAGCAAUGGGAUGGCAAGAAUAUCCUGAGAAUGAUGAGAGUUGCCUACCACUCACAGAGGAUGAGCUCAAGGAGUUCCACAUGAAAACAGAGCAGUUAAGAAGAAAUGGCUUUGGGAAGAACGGCUUCUUGCAGAGCCGCAGCUCCGGCCUGUUCUCCCCUUGGAGAAGGACCUGCAAAGCGGAGUUUGAGGACUCCGACACGGAGACAAGUAGCAGCGAGACAUCAGAUGACGAUGCCUGGAAGUAGCAUCUAAGUGCCACGGCGUCCUGACCCCGUGAGCUCAGCUUUGGGUCUCAAGAAUAUAAAAAUUGUUCUUUUCCUUUUCUUACGUUGUUGAAUACUUUGUGCACAAGGGAAAUGAUCAUAUCCCAAAGAGAAAGCAGUUGUCUUGCUUAGUUUUUGUUGUUCUUCCCUGUUAUCUGCUUAAUAGAGGGGUUUGUGUGGUAGGGUUUUUAAAUGCACACACAGUCUAUGUGGGGCAAUGCACAAGUGGGAGCUGGCAGUGCAGAGACACAGAGACGGGAGACACUGGUCUGCUCAACAGCUUCUACUACCAGCCCUUGGGCACUCGCCCCUGUGCUCAAGCAAUCAUUGUCAAUGACAAAGUGACUAUUGAAGUUAUAAUUGUAUUAAAUUAAUGCUAAUAAUUUGGAUAUUUUAUUUUAUUUUUGGCUGCUCGGGUAAAUUAGCCCUUAACCAAGCAUAUGUGGGGGUUUUUUUUGUUUUUGUUUUUGUUUUUCUUGUUUGGGUACAGCUGUAAAAUAUUUGGAUAUAGGAAAUGUUAUUCUUGCAGCCUUGAUAUUCAGGGUGGAUUGUAAAAUAUAAAUUUUUGUGAGAUUUCAAAGAUUAAGAUUAUUUUGAUAACAUUAUUUACAGAUUUAAAAGAUGUGGUUAUCACAAGUCUCUUGAGGGGAAAAACUACUGCAUAAAAUAACUAACUUGGAAUAAAUAUUUUGCAUCAGUUUGGAUUGUCUUGUGUAAAAAAUAUAUUUUCUUUAAAAUUAGAGAAUGGAAAUAUUUUUGGAAGUCUGGGAGAAAUCUGGAUCCAGCCAUACCUAUUUCUCCUUUCAGCAAAUACU